AUGGCCGCCACCAUGAUGAUGACCGAACACGUGCUGUACGACUUCGAGGUCAGCGACGUGUUCGAGAACGAGCUCAACGACAAUCUUUACAAUCUGAAGAUGUCAGAGGACAACAAGACCGUGAACAAACGGAGCAAGAGGAGGCGCAUCCUGAAGCCGCUGAAGCCGCUGCUGCGAAUGCUGAAGAAGCGCACUAGCAGCAAAUACGCGAGCGACAAGCGUCAGGAGGCUGUGCCUCAAGUCGAGAUCUUCACCGAGGAGGUUGACAACCAGAACAACGCCAACGAGACGCUCGAGUGCAGACUGCUGCAGGAGCUGCGGGAUGCCGAGGAAGGUGCCGCCAUCACUGUCUGCCUGGACGGCCAGAUGACCGUCGUGCCGGUUGUGCCUGGUCAGUGCUACGUGCCGGUGCACUUCGCCCACACCCACGCCGGCGACUUCUACUGGACGACCCUAACCAUGGCCGAUCGGGACCUGUGCUACAAGGAACGCGCCUUCUCGCAACACCAGCUACCGGAGGUGCAAGUGGCGUGAGGCGUCGUCGUCGAGAACA